AUGCCUCCCCGACCCAUCAGACCCAAGGACGAGCCUGACGUGGCUCAGAGCAGCGACAACCCGCCAGACCCCAAGAUCAGCCGCCGAAAAGCAGUCUCGUCAGCAUGCAUACCGUGCCGGAAGCGCAAGAGCAAGUGCGAUGGAGGUAUGCCCGCGUGCUCGACAUGUACCGCUGUCUACCGGACGGAAUGCUCGUACGACGCCGAUAGCGACCAUCGGAGGAAGGGCGCGCUGAAGCGAGAUUUGCAAUCUUUACAAGUUCAAAACGACGCACUCGAUGUCAUCGUGGCUUCCUUGCGUAGCCUUCCCGAGAACGAAGCGGUGUCUCUUCUUCACAACCUCCGAAACGAGACAAGCCCGGAGAUGCUCGCGGCAGCACUUCGAAGCAAUGUCCGACUACCGGCCAGCUUUGCUCCCCAAACGCUUGAAGCCGACCUAGCAGAUGAAGUCGCCAAAACGUCAAGCUGGCCCGCGCUGGAGACGAAGAGUCUGUCGAGCGAAAAGCGCGAUUCCACCGACGAUACGACAAUGUCUGUGGACGAGGUCGGUCAGCCGACCACGUGGUUCCCGCAGCCACAGGAUGCUGAGUUUGUUGACCACCUGCUACAUCUCUACUUUUGCUGGGUGCACCCUUUCUACCAUCUGUUCUCGCGCGAGCACUUCCUGCACGACAUGAGCCGUGGCCGGACCGAGUUCUGCAGCGCCCUGCUUGUCAAUGCUGUGUUGGCCAUCGCCUGCCAUUACUCGGAUCGAUCACUGGCACGCAGCGAUCCCAACGACUCCACCACAGCCGGCGAUUACUUCUUCGCGGAAGCAAAGCGGCUGCUCGACAAGACGGACAAAGCUUCAGUGACUUCGGUGCAGGCGUUGGGCCUCAUGGCAUUGCGCGAGACGUCCCAAGGACGCGAGAGCCAUGGAUAUCAGUAUGCUGGAAGAUGUGUGCGAACCGCAUUGGAGAUGGGCUUGCACUUGUCGAUGGUGGGCAGUGGACUGCGCUCUUCCGAGAUCGAGGUGCGCAAGAUUACGUUUUGGGGCGUCUUCAAUCUUGAGACAAUAUGCUCAGUUGGCUUCGGCAGGCUAUCUCAGCUCCCAAUCGCAGCCGCCGACAUCAGUAGGCCAUCUUCCGACCGCGUAGAAACCCAGACAUGGCGACCCUACGAAGACAACAACUUCGCACCUGGUUCGAACAUCGAGCAGCCACUUCACCCCAUGCUUUUCACCGAUCAGUUGAGCAAGCUAUCCGAGUUGGCGAGCGAUAUGGUGAACACUUUCUAUGCGCCUCGGGAGCGAUUCACGAGUAGGAGGCUUGCUCUUGCGUACAAACAAUAUCAAGAGUGGCAUCGAAAUCUGCCGGACGCGUUUCGGCUGGAAAACACCUCACUGCCUCAUGUGAUCAUCCUGCACAUGUAUUACCAUGCUUGCAUUUUGCAUCUUUUCCGCCCCUAUGUGAAGUUAGACCUCUCGGGAGCGAACCUUUGGCCUCGAGAAGCGUGCACGCACUCUGCCAACGAGAUCUCAAGUCUGAUGAAUGCUCUUCGUGCCAUGUACGGGCUGAGACGGGUCUCUCUCGCUGUCACCAGCCUUCUGCUAUCGGCCGGCACGAUACAUCUUCUCAACCUCCCUCAAGAACCAUCAUCAACACACAUCAGCCAGGCUUUGUACGAUCUCCAGGCGAUGUCAGUCAAUCACAAUUUUGCGGGGUGUUGUGUCGACAUCUUGCGGUCACUCUCGUCCAAAUGGCAGAUAAGUCUGCCUGACAGCACCUCCUCACUGCCCAGGUCUCGACAGACGGGUUCAAAGAAGGGGCUUUCGCCAACAUCGUCGACUUUCUGGGGUGCGUCGAUACGAAGGGGUGAAUCGGGAAGGUCAAGCGGCUCUGCAUCGAGCCAACAAAGCUCUCCCUUCCAACCAUCGUCAUACAAUCAGCAACAGCAUUCAACGGCGGCGCCAAUGUUCACCGAUCAGCCAAUGCAGCUCGACCCAGGCCAGAUGCAGAACACAGUCUGGACACCUUUUCCUGGUCAGACCAUGCCAGUGCUUCCUCAGCAGGUUGUACCGAGCAUGGCAAUGGACAUCCCAAACAUGGACGGUAUAUCGACCAACUGGGACAUGUUUGACAACACUGUUGCCGGCCAGGCUCGACAUAACCCGAUGACCGGCGGACCUAGCGGCAGCUCUCACUUUCAAGACUGGAAUUGGCAAUGA